AUGAGCUGGCCAGAGAUCGAACCCACAUCACCUCAUCUCACAUAUUUACUGCUCUCAUUUUUCCUCAUUCUUUAUGCACUAUUUUCCGAUCUGAUUCGAAACAGAGCACAUCUAUCAGAGCCACCUUUGGCAACCUUGGCAGGAAUUGCAUUUGGUCCCAAAGGUGCGACGAUCCUCGACCCAAUCACUCAAUGGGGUUGGGAAGACAACAUCACCCAGGAACUCGCUCGAGUCAUCACUGGCGUACAAUGUUUCGCAGUUGGCAUUGAGCUGCCGGCAAAAUAUGUCAAAUGCCACUGGAAGAGUAUUGCCCUUCUCCUUGGGCCUAAUAUGAUUGCUGGGUGGAUGAUAUCAGCCCUCAUCAUAUACCUCGUGCUCAAUACCACUUGGCUUAACGCAUUGAUCGUGGCAGCCUGCCUCACUCCGACAGAUCCUGUCUUGUCGGCAAGUGUCAUUGCGGAAACGAGAUUUUCACAAAGAAUUCCCAAACGAGUCCGCCAUCUAUUGACUGCAGAGUCAGGCUGUAACGACGGCACAGCCUUUCCGUUCUUAUAUGCCGCAUUAUAUGCAUCACUGGCAACCUCAGCUGGCGAAGGAGUUAAAGACUGGUUUACUAACCUCCUCAUAUGGCAGUGUCUCUUCGGCAUUGCUAUUGGCAUCGUCAUCGGCUUGACUGCAAACAAGCUGCUUCGCUAUAGCGAGGCUAAUGGCUUCGUCCAGGAAUCCACUCUUUUCGUGUUUUACUUUCUCCUUGCCAUCUUCUGUGUUGCAGUAGGCAGUACGUUGGGACUGGAUGACUUUCUGGUCUGUUUUACCGCAGGUUCAUCCUUUUGCUGGGAUGGUUGGUUCUCCAAACGCACCGCAAGGAUGAAGCUACCCAGUAUACUGGAUCUUAUGCUCAACUCGGCAUUCUUCGUUUAUUUUGGUUCGAUCAUACCGUGGGAACUCUUUCACAACAAUCUAGGCGUCGGCAAGAUGCUACUUUGUGCUUUCCUGAUCCUUGCACUGAGACGAUUGCCGGUAAUGCUUGCCAUUACCAGACUUGUUCCGGAUCUACACACCUACCAUGAAUCCUUGUUUACUGGCCACUUUGGUCCCAUGGGAGUAGGAGCUCUAUUUCUUGCCAUCGAGGCCCGGGCCAGACUCGAAACCGGAACUUCUUUGCCUCUUCCACGUCCACCAAAAGACUCUCCAAACAAUGUGGCCGUGGAGACCGUUUACCCAGUGGUAUGUUUCAUCGUUCUAUGCUCCAUCAUGGUCCAUGGCUUUUCGCCAUUCGUUAUGAGUCUUGUUGGGCAUUUCUCAAGACAUCCAAAAGAAAGGGCCCCCUUGUUGGCAGCCGAAGAAGAAAGGCUUUAUGGCAUGGCCAAUGAUGCAGCAUCAGUCGAUUUGGAGAGAGAAGACUCCGAUGAGGAUAUGUGA